CUUAAGUUGAGAAAACAACAUUGGGAUCCUUGAUUUUCCCUGACCUCGAGAGUGUGACGAGAGUAUGUCGUCCCGGAGUUCUACUAGAUACUCUCAUGGCGCUCCAAAGAAGGAGAAGGCCGGGGAAGUAGUUCUUCAAGGAUGAAGCGAAGAGGAGUCGGCUUUGCCCCGUGUAGCUCCGUGCCGCAUAAUGACAGGACGACGAGCUGUCUUUCUCCCCGAGCUGCGUGGGUCCAUACUGCGCCUACUAAAAUGGGUUUUCCUGCGACUUCAUCUGCUGAUACUGUCGCUCUCAGUCGGUUAAGAUGUCCUUCUAAUUCCUCGCAUUGGGCUACCUCAUAAUUUGUUUUCGUGGCACUCGGGAAGCGGUGUCGUGCUGGCCACAUGGAUGACCUACCCUAGUACCAAUGAAUGUCAAUAGUUACGAGAUUUAAUCCUAAUGCAGCUACCUGCCACAUCUGCCUCUAAAUCUAAUGCGGCUACCACGACGGAAGCUUCAUCGUCCGAGGACAUCAAGAUCCUCGAGACGUCCACAAAGCCACUACCACAAGCGACGAAAACCGCCGACUUCGAGCAGUGUUCCAGUCGCCGCCAUUGCGCGUAAUCCUGAUUCAUGUGCCCAAGACUGGAGGACUAGGAGUGGAGAAAGCGUUACGAACUACGGGAACGCUUGCGGUGUUCGGGACAGACCAUCGAAUUCAAGCUCAUCGGCAAGCUAUUGGAGGACAUUUGCUCAGUCGGGAUCUCAAGAAUGGGAUUGUCUUGCUGACAAAGAAUGCAGGAGGUACAACUUGAUAACUGUGGCUUUCUAUGUGAAUAUUUAUCUUUCUACUAUUUAUUCUCGCUUAAAUUGCACCUGGGUAGACGUAGUCGUAGGUGCUCUUGACAAUAUAUUUCUCUUUAUUAAAUAAUGAUCUGCAACUGCAUAAGCAUUCAUCACAUCAUAGAUCUGAUGUGGCUUACCUCUACUUGACACAGCAGGACAAGACGAAGACGAUAUCCCCAAUUUCGAGCAGACCUCCGGUUCAUCCCGUACAUCAGAUUCAGAAGGUGGACAGAACAAGGAGAAAUCGAAGGUGCUGCAGGAAAAGAUUGCGCGGUUUCCGCUCUUGGACGCAGAGGUUUUGCGAAAUUCGCAUAAGUGGCCGAUAUUGAGCAUUGUGCGGAAUCCCUACGAUCGCAUGUGGUCGGUCUAUAACUUCCCCUUCACGCAGGAGCCGGGUGAGGCAUUCUGGCGACCGCCACGCAUGAGUUUCGAAGACUUCAUCCUGAAUUUCGACAAGGAUUUUGCUCACCUAAAAGUCGGAGGAACUGCGCCAUUAGCUGGCAUGGUCGAAUUUCUAGCUCGCCCGGAGCAUGUGGUGCGUUCUAUGCUGGAGGAUCAUGAUCGGCAUGCUGGUGAACCAAUGACAGUCGCAGGUUCAAAAAAGAAUUUUGAAAUGAUACAGUCGCACCAGUCCUCAGCUGUUUCGGAAGACGAGAGGCGUAAGGCGGAUGCCAGAUGGUUGGAAGCGAGGACUUACGAAGCUGUGGAUCCAGGUUUAUUGCAUCGCGGGACGCUGAGCAGAGAGCACUUGUUGCCUACAGAUUACCUGCGCUUUGAGCAUCUAGAGCCCGAUUUCGAUCAUUUCUGCAAGAAAUACGGUCUCGUGAAUGCUUUAGCCCUACAACUCGUGAAUACGAAUCCGAUCUUGAUGACGACAGACAAACAAGAUUCUCAAGAAAAAGAAGAACGUCAAUAUCAGCAUACCCAUCAUGGUGGUCUUGAAGAAGGUAACUCGACAAAGGAUUCAUUCGCAACCGCUGCGAGUGGUAGAGGACCAUCAGGAUCAGGCGUAGGCAGGUCUGUGGAGCAGGAAUACGAUCAAAGCCAAGCCGUGGAGGAGCUGAGAGAUCCUGUAAAAUUUAUCGACAACCUAGAAGCCGCUUUGUCGGGAUGGGUCGCGGAUUCGAAAACCAUAAGAUCUGACGCCGAUGCGCAACUGUGUAGCAGUUGGGAAGUUGCGGAGGAUUAUUUUCGAGAUAUAGCGGAGCAAUCGAUGAGUACCCUGCUUGAUAAUUCAUCUUUCCCAAGUGGGUUGUUUAACAGCUUGAUGAAACAUCAGAGCCCAAGUGCGAUACAACCGGUUGAUGUAGCAGAGCAUGAUGCUGGUGGAGAUAUUAACCGUCGUAGCUCUACUCACGAAGGAGAGGACCUGUUUCACGAUCGUGAUCUCGAAAUAAACGGUUCUUCGUCUCCAGUAGGUUCAAAGCCUUUGGUUACAGCUCAGGCUUGGACCUCUAAGCUCCUUGGAAAAUCCGGAUCCCUUUCCUCGAAAACGCAGUUCAUAGUGAAUCGAUUGGUGCGCUUCGUCACCACGGUCGGAGCGGAUGUGGGCAAGCAGUUGGCAUCGGCAGAAGGACGCGCUCGGCGAACAGUGCGGAAAGUGGAGAAUCGCUACUCGUUUCGUGCCCGACGCACGAUGGAAAUGUUAUUCGCAGACGAACUGAGAAUAUUAUGAAUGGAAAAAGUGCACUCACACUCGAAAAAUUGGCUAGGAUUCAAGUAGGGAAGUACAAGUACUUAGCUACUUUCUUGAGUGUCGUGAGUGCACUUUAUUUUCCUUUCAUGAAUGUUUGGGUACUCUUACGAAGGCUGGCUCGAACGGGAGGCUCGCAGAGCACGUAUGAAGCUAGAAGUCGCACGGAACGGCUUGCGUGAAGACCUGGUCGUGGCCAGGGAUUGGGGAGCGUUUCAUGCAACAAAGGCAUUCGGAAUGCACGUUUGUCCUGACACGAUGAAGGCUGCAUUAGUGAGUGAUAUUAAAAAAGGAACAAAUGUUGUUGUUGACUUGCACCAAGAUCUUCUAGCAACUACUCAAACAGCUGGCUCACGUGUGCUGAAUCCACCGAUGGCAGCGGUGCAACGCUACAAACGUCGCGCUCGCAGGAAGGAAAGUGGAUAUACGCUAAAGCACGUUGACGUGGAGGCCCUGGCAGGCUAUUCCCAAUGGCUUCGGAAUAGCAGGGUGCAAAAUUUGACGCUUUAUACUGCGGAAACACGAGACUGGAUCACCGCUGUAUGAAAUGAAACCCAUAGAAGGACUGGUAGCAGCUUUCAUGAUUUAUACAACUGAAUCAAGUAAUCACUAGAAUCAUGCACUCGCUUAAUAAUAAUGUCUUAGUACAUCCACGCGAGUAUGAGUACUUAGCUACUCCUACUGUUUUUCACCUUCAUUCGCCGAUUUGGUUACGCAUCCUCGACUGGAAAAGUACGUCGGAGCGGAAAGUGUGGUGGAGGUGCAUGGCAGGGAAAGCCAAUUGUGGGCCUAUGACACGGACCGUGGGAGGUAUGCGCGAACUAGUGGAGGUCCUAGUGCUAGCGAGUAAGUAAUUUUUCCUAGAUGAUUAAAUUAGACCAGGAUUUUUCUCGUUGCACCACGUAGUUUUUUUUUGAAAAAUGCAGCCAGGUGCAAGGCCUGGCGCACAGCCAUACACCCCGGCCAUCGCGUGGCUGGGAGCGUCCGGCGUCGUCGACAUUCGCAGAGAGGCAACCGCCAAGGAUACCUGGCUCGCCGUCCAUGGUGCCAACCUCCGACGCGGAGGUCUGAGCCAGGCAAAGGGUGGCCGAAAGCGGCACUUUUUGGCUAAAAAUGUACCGGGUCACUUUGGGUGCAUUUUGCGCCCCAUUUUUGAAAAAAAGCUGCCGGGUCAUUUUGCGAGGACUGAAGCGGCCCCAUCUAGUGGGGGCUAGGGGGUGCCUUAAGGCGACCCUUUUUGGUCCAAAAUGGUCGCCAAAUGACCCGGGUCGUCUGGGGUGUCAAAGUGGGGCCUUUUUGCCCCCUUUUUUGACACCCCUCCAAAGAACCUCCGAGCCGAGCCUCCCAAGGGUUGGGGCUCCCCUGGAGGCGCUUUCAGGGUCCACACUUCGCGAUCCUUAGAAGCGGAGUCCCGCUCCGAGGGUUCACUGCCAAGCUAUCGGGAUGGCCCCAGCGGUCCCGAAGAGGUUGGGCCUUGUCAGGCUAGCAAAAUUUGAAAAAAAAUUCACGUGGUGCAACGAGAAAAGUCCUGGUCUAAUUAAAACGCUCGUCUCUAAUUGAAUUGAUUUGUGGCGAGGACUUCAAAACUGCUAUUAGUUCUUGUCCAGUCUCGUUCGAUGUUGUUCGAUGCCAACAUGUGGAAUCUCUUACAGUAAACGAUGAAUUCGAGACUCUUUCACUCAUUAAAAUACUCAAUGUAAUGGUUCACCGCGAUCCGUGAUAGAGAUGUUGAUCAAAGAACAGAAAUUGUUGAAGACGAGCAGUACCAAAAUCAAUGAAGACACAAAAACGUUACCGUAUAUUUUCUGAAACGCAAAGCAUGGAUUUCUGGGUCACUGAAAACGAUCAACUUAGUGUGGUUCUCACAGGUGGUAUAAUCACCUAGAAAAAAACAGAUCAUGCUACGGUGAUGAACCAAAACGAGAUCUUGGACAC